AGCCGUAAAUUGUACUCCAUGCCGGGGCGGAGUUAAAGCAGCAACCGUAGCUCGACGCGUACAUGAAGUGUACCUCCAUUAUACGAAACGACACUGACACUUAACGAAAAAAUCGUAACGCGUUUCGUCAAACCCUCAUAAUUACAGAUUUUGCGUUUUCGUAUUAUUAAUAUUAGCGUUGCUGGGAGUUAAACCUAAAGGUUAAAAGACAUCGCAGAACUAGCUGCAUUAGCAGGUGAACUUAAAUAAUAGAUUCGUAUGGGCUUGUGAUGUUUCUAGCGCCAUGCACGGGGAUCAGAAAUAAUAAGGUGACCGAGGAGGGAGCAUGGGCCGAGCUGAGCUUUCGGUGAUCCCGCACGGCUCCGGUAUAAAUCAGUCUAGGGGAACCGGCCAUUGGAGAUGAGGCUGGGUGAAAGGCGGGGUUAACGCGCUCAAUGGAGGCUGUUGAUUCUCAGUAGGUGCUGGGCGAUGCACCGACGGACACACGGCGAGUGCAUGGAGGCUCGGUAGUGGGUAUAAAUAUUAAAAACCAGGGAAAGGAGGGGCCAGCAGUCAUCCGUUUGCAGUUUGCGAGAUGUCGACCGAUUUUGCAACAGAGCCGAGAGCCCGGGAAAUCGGGGUAGGGGUGGUUUGCCAGUAUAAUCCCGUUGAUCUCUGACUCAUGUGAAAUUAAAAGUGAAAUACUUCUCUUUUUUUUGGCGAGGAAUCCCUCGCACGCAAUCGGAGGCAAAGGUGCCUCUCGGUGGAAAAGGAAAUAAGACAAGUUCACGGCGCUCUCUACAAAAUAUGCUAAAACUAUUGCAAGUUGGGAUCUUUAACCGCGUUUUUAUGCAUCGGUGUGGCGCUAGCUAAAGUGUUGUAGUUCGAAGAUUUAAAGAUAUUAAUUUCAGAGAUAUUUCCGGAAUCUAGCUAAAUUUGCUCUUUUAUGAUUAGCUCGCAUAUAGUUUUAUUUUUUAUUUUUUUUCACGAGCGUGUUAAAGACUGUAGUAUAAUUUAGCCUAUGUAGACAGUAUCAGAAUUUGAGGUUGAAAUACGCGAAGGAUGCGCACCGAAAGCAGCAGCGCUGCGCCGGCUGCGGACGGCGGCGCAGACGCGCUCGGACGCGGGGACGCGGAGUCCAAUGGUCAAGCGGAGCCGCGUAGGUGCGAGAGACCGCCUGGGGCGGGGGAUCAAUCGGCCGCCGCCGAAUUGGACCCGACCGCACAGGAGCCCGCCAGUAUGUCGGGGAAGCCAGAUGAUAGUAAGGGGGAGACGGGUAAAAGUAAAGACCACACCGUGCACCUAAUCGAGGCGGGAUGCGUGGACGGAACUCCGGCGUGUUCAAACUCCGGGACCCACGAAGCAGAGCCCGGGGACGCCGGAGCCGGACGCGGGUUCGCUCCGCCCGAGGGUGGCUUCGGCUGGCUUGUGGUCUUCGCGGCCACCUGGUGCAACGGCUCGAUCUUCGGGAUCCAGAACUCCUUCGGUAUCCUGCACAUGAUGCUGGCGAAGGACCACGGAAGUACGAGUGACGACGCCUCCCAGUUCAGAGUGGCCUGGGUCGGGGCCCUAGCCAUGGGCAUGAUUUUCUUCUGCUCCCCCGUGGUCAGCAUGUUCACCGACCAUUUCGGCUGCCGGAAAACGGCGGUGAGCGGCGCGCUAGUGGCUUCCCUUGGACUCCUGGCCAGUUCCUUCGCCACAUCUCUGGGCCUCCGCUACUUCACCUACGGGAUCCUCUUCGGUUGCGGUUCCUCUUUCGCGUUCCAGCCCUCUCUGGUUAUCCUGGGCCACUACUUCCGACGCCGCCUGGGCCUGGCCAAUGGCGUGGUGACUGCGGGGAGCAGCUUGUUCUCCAUGGGCCUGCCCGUCCUGCUCAAGAAGGUGGUGGAGCCACUGGGGCUCCAGCGGACGUUCCAGGUGCUCAGCAUCUUCAUGUUCAUCCAGGCCCUGCUGGCUCUCACUUUCCGCCCACUGCUGCCCAGCAGCGACCAUGGUGCCUCACCCCAGGAUGGCGGCGGCCGCUGGAGAGGGGGCCUCUCCCAGAUGAGGAAGUACUUCAACCUGAGAGUGUUUCACAUCACCACCUACAGGGUGUGGGCAUUCGGGGUGGCCACAGCCGUACUGGGAUACUUCGUGCCCUACAUUCACUUGAUGAACUUCGUAAAGGAGCAGUUCAAAGAGACUGACAAGGAGUGGAUCCUGCUGGUCUGCAUCGGGGCGUCUUCCGGGGUGGGUCGGCUGGUCUCCGGGAGAGUCGGAGACCUCAUUCCUGGCCUCAAGAAGAUCUACAUGCAGGUAGCCUCCUUCAUGGUGCUGGGCCUCAUGUCGGUGAUGAUCCCUCAGUGCCGUGUCUUUGAAGGCUUGGUGGUCGUCUGUCUCCUCCUGGGCCUCUUUGACGGCUGCUUCAUCACCAUUAUGGCUCCGAUUGCCUUCGAGCUGGUGGGACCCAUGCAGGCCUCCCAGGCCAUUGGCUACCUCCUGGGGCUCAUGGCAGUGCCCAUGACGGCUGGACCUCCCAUCGCCGGACUCCUCCAUGACUACUUUAAGAAUUACCAUGUGGCAUUUUACCUUGCUGGGGUCCCACCAAUGGUAGGAGGGCUUGUGCUCUUCUUCGUUCCCCUCAUCCACCUGCGGCUGCAAAAGGCUCGGAACAGCUCAGAUGCGGACCAGAUCUCGGACAAGAUGUUGUCAAAUCCCAGCCACUGCGCCAACGGGGACAUGCUGCCUGGCUUCACCGACGUGGAGACGCACAUCUGAACCAGGUCUCCAUGGAAAGGAAUCCCGCUAACCCCCCCCCCCGGCACAUGAUUACAUGCUAGACCCCUUUGUGUGGAAUCAAGGCUCUACCCACCGUACUAAGCAUGUUUUCAAAUAUCCUCCUUUGGAAGACCUUGGCUUGGAAGCCACCGAUCAUACAACCUUGUUUCCCUCAUAACCCACUAAACCUCAUCGGACCUUGUAUCGCAAAGAACUCCAGGGGCACCGUGGUGCACAGUCUAACGUCACGAGCUGCUGUUUAUGGAGAUGGGUAGGGGUCACACUGGCGUGGCUGGAAGGCUGAGGGCCGUUGGCGAAGGCCGAUGUCGGUCUCUGGACCUCAGAGAAAUACAACAACAACUAAAAAAGUCGUGUUCCAUGUAAAGUUUGACUUUUCUGACGCACUUGUGUUAUGGAUCUGCUUCUUCACAUGAUUUAUUGCAAGUCUUUAAUUGCCGUCUCUGUUAUAGUGGUUAAUUUCCUAUGUGUGCUUCUGUGCGAUUUUUGUUUAGCUUUUAACUGAGAUUCAUGCUUAGGAAGAGAGUAUGAAUGAAAACAAGGAAAAUGACGUAAUCCUGGCACAAGAAUGCUUCCAGCUUCAUUGAGUCUGUGUCAUUUGGUUGUAUGGAAUUGUAGGAUUGAUUUCAAGGCUUUUUCGCACUUUAAAAAAAGUAUGUGUGUGUGUGUGUGUGUGUGUGUGUGUGUGUGUGUGUGUGUAUUUUAACCCAAUUUUGUUGUAUUCAUGGGUAAAUUUAUACAGAAUUUUUUGGCAUUGCAGAUUUUGUAAGAAUAUUUGAGUAUUUUCACUUUAAAUUUGCAAAUUAUGUCUUGUGAAAUGAAGCAUGGUAUGUUCUUAAAUGGUUCAGGUUUUGAAAGGAUCUUGAUAAAAAUGAGAAUGAAGACCCCCCCCCCCCUCAAAUGUAAGAACAAAUUAUCAAUAGAGUAAUAGUCUAGAAAACUGAACAUUUUUGAGGUUAUAUGUAACUAUGUAACACUUUGAUUGUAUGUUGUCACCUGUAUAUGGGCAUUAUGCAUAUGUAGGUGUAUGCAGAACUUUGCAAUAUUUAGUUACCGAGUUAAGAUGGGUUACUUGGCGUCCCCUUAGCGUCACUUAACCCCAGAGAUGCACCUUCUUGGAGGUUGUGUUGUGACAAGCAGAAACCGCCAAGCUCAUUUUUUAAUCAACAGUUAGCGUUCUUAAUUAAACCCAAUCUCCCAGCACGAACGUAACCUCAGCCUUGGUUGAGACUUAAUUAAUGUCCUACAGAUGAUUGCUUAGGGACGGCAGACGGCUGAAAUUGUUGCUGGUUUAGUGAUUUAGAAGCAAGGUCAGCUGACUUAUCCGGCUUUUUGUGUGUAUGUGUGUAUGUGUGUGUCAGUCAAAGGAUGAUUCGUAGUCUAUCGUUCUGGGUCAUGAAGUGCUUAAGGAGGUUUUAAGUUUCACACCAUGGAGAUUCUGUGAGAGCUGUGGAUUGUGUUAUCGUCUGUAGCACAGUCUUGCCGGCCUGAAUACGUGGAGCGCUGUGUUACAGCUGUCACAUCAGCUCGGGGCUGGUGUUAGUGAGAGGACCUUCCAUUCUGCCCAUCUCGCACUGAUGCGUUAACCAAGUUUUUCAGGUAUUGUCUUGGCAUCAGGCAUUCUGAUCACCAAAAGCACGUCUGCCUACAGAUUGUCCAGAAGGAGUGGCCUGAGUGGAUAGCGAGUUUGACGCAGUAUGAUACCUAAGGGACGAGCUACUGGAAUGCCGAAUGUACCGUGUGAGAGCUGCUGGUGUGACUGGUUUGGGUCCAACACCAACCUACAUGUACAACACCUCCAGUGUCUGUCAGGGAGUGCCUCUGCCUUACACCUUUAUGUUGUUGUUUUUAUUAAAAAAAAAAUUUUACAUGAAUGGGCGUCUCGUGUAAGAAAGAAUGUUUAGAUGUGGCCCAGUACUUUGAGAUCCUGCUCCUCAGAGCAUUAUCUUAUUCACAAUGCUUUGUUUUCUGGGCGUUUCUUUCCUCCCUGGUUGUAUUUAUAUAAGGGGGGAAACUCGACAGCAGCGUCUGGCUCUACGGCUCAGUUCCAGCAACAGGGCUGGAUAUCACUCAGGAUUCAGCUGGCCAUUAGGCAUUCCGUUACCUGCUUUUCCGAUCCCUUUCUGUGUCGUCUUCAGAGGACAUUACCUGUUGAAAAACCGCAGUCAGAGACUGGUGUAUAUUGAGAAUCUAGCCUUAUGUUGACAGUUUUGCUUUUCUCUCUUUUUUUUUUUUUUUUUUUUUUGGUGUAAUUUCUGGUCACGUGACACUUCUGCUUAUUUCAAGGUGAGAUUGUUCAGGGACACUUAGUUACGAAGGACUGUUAGGGUUAGUAAGUAGAUGAUGUAAUGGUCCUGCGAAUGUUUGAUCGAGGGAUGAACACAUACCUCAGUGAUAUUGUGAAUGCCGGUUAGUCACAUGAUUGUCAAAAUCAGCACAGGGCAGUAGAUUGUGAGUCAAGAAGUUGAUGAUGUGACCAGAAGUUUGCAAGUUAGUUAUAGUGAGAGGGGUGUCCCUGUGCUUUGUACCCUAGAACAAGGUACCUCAACUGAAAUUUUGUAGCAAUUCAUAAUGUGAUAAUGUAAUAAAUGUGUUAGAGGCUCAGUGUAACACUUUAAUAUCUGGAAAAAAUCUCAUUACAUUAUUAAGUGAAGAAUUUUAUUACAUCAGAAGUUAAGUAUGAAUUACAACAUUUUGGCUAUCAUUUUAUUACAUUAUGGGUCACUACAAACAAAACAGGUAAACAAUUAAACUGAAAGCAGCGGUGUGUUGCUUUAAAGUCCACUAAUAAAACUUCAGUGCUUGUUUAGUAUGUAGCUGUGUGAACAAAGAUGGGUAAUGUUGGGUCAUUCGUACUUCUGUGAAGAGAUGGCGCUUUGUGUCACUGUCACUCAAACUGUUGUUCAGGUCCAUUCUAGUGGUACGGUUCUGCUACUCUAUCAUCAAGAAAAACACCGUUUUUUAAAAAAUCUUUUGUUUACAGGUGGAAAAACUUGGUUCUAGGCACCUUGUUUGAAUGCUUCUUUGCAUGACAGCAAUUAAUGUGGUUUUGCAAUAUAUUGCAAUGUUAAAUAGAGAUCGCCGUUUAAACAUGCGGUGUGGUGUGGUGAUGUGUAUCUGAGGUCUUCAGCAUUGUGCUCCUCAUCCAGUUUCAUUCAUUUUCUUUCAUAGAUAAUGAGAGAGAACAGUUAGCCAUUUGGCGGUGGGCUCUCCGGAGAGAGAUUUUACUGUAGUGUCAUUUUAAACAUUUAGAGUUUAACCCGCUAAUGCUGCACUUUAGAUGCGCUUAAAAAUUUUUGAUACUUUUCUCUUGAAGUAAUUUAGAUAUGAACAAAUGUACAGUAUAUCGAGGGAUACACAUUUUUUGCACUACAGUAACAAAUUAUAUAACAAAAAUAUGGGGGGGGGGGGAAAAAAGAUUUUCAAAUGCAUUUUGGUAUUGUCCAUGCCAAGAACUGAGGUUCAGUUCUGGAGAAUAGCUGAAUGCUUCAGUGGAACUUGGCACUUAAACCUACCCCUGUAUCUUUGCAUUCUGUCCUUUUACUUGCUAUUGGACCAUGGAGGACACUGCCUCAUGUUUGUGCCAAAACCGUCCAGAUUGUCUCAUGCAUGAUGGCAAAAGUCAUUAAAUUUCCUUCCCUUAGAAGGAACUUCUGAUGUUGAGCUGUUUAAGAAGAAAAUGAUUGAUACAACUGAAAAAGGAUGAAACGUGGGUUUAAAAAAACCAAUAAAGGGGGCAGACUUAUGUUUUUUGUUAAUGGGCAAUACUAAUAUAUAAUUGUGAAAUAAUUGUGAAAAGUGCCAAAAGUUACCAAAAAUGUCAAAUUAUUGAGUAUAAAAAAAUGACAUUUAUUUUUUGUAUCAGUCUUGCUUUCCGCAUUCUUGUGUAUUUUUAUUGUCUUAAUCAUGGACUAUGCAUGCACGUAGCUGAUUGAUGGAGAUUGUGACUGCGGAGUGGAGCGGGGAGUGCACUCGCAUUGCGGAGGGAGAGGCACACACAGACCGGGAAGGCUACACGCUACACGCUUGGCAUAUUCCUACUCGUGGGAUUUUACGAGUCAGCAUUUUCCAGUGCUAAAAAAAAAUCAUGUUUAUUGGAUUUAUUACUAUUAUAGGGUCUCUUUCUGACAAGCAGAUAAUUAUUGAAGUCAAGUUAAUUCUGUCUUAUUGUUUUAUUGCAAUUCUUAUAAAUGCAGAUUUAGACUUUUCAUCACUUUUCAGAAUUUGUUGAAAUUUUGAACUGCAACUGGAAAAAAAACAAAUGAUGUAACAUGGCACAUGCUAGUAGAAUUCCAUGGAAAUCUUUUAUGUAGUGUAUUGUAAAUUGUUAGUUUUUUUUUUUCUUUCUACAUAACAGCAUUUGCCGUGACGGAAAGGCUUGCGGAUGAAUUACCGGGGAAACUUAAUUUGAAAUGUUUUCCUAAGUGUCUAAGUAUAUAUUUUUCAAUAAAAUGUAUCCCUAAUUAUACAAUGUAACAGCCACAUUUGGCAGCCAAGAGCUGAAUUCUACAAAAAAAAGGAAAUCUGCUUACGAGUGUAGUGGUAUUAUUAUGGCUUUUCUUCUUUUAUAGAACAGAGUAAAAUUCUGUUGUCCAGCAAAGACGCUGAGAUCAAGCUACAAAUAUAUGUUUCUGUAAUUUAAUAAAUGCCAUUUUUUUGUUAUUUGUAUGCAUUUCUAUAUUAUAUGUGGAACAACACACUGAGACUGUAACUUCAUACCGGGACAGAACAGCGCGAUUCUGAAAUAACGGUCAUGGUUCUUUCUGUAAAACCUGUACAAUAAUACUGGACCAUUAAAAGUCAUUUACCUUUUAAUGCUGCUAGAUGACUAAUUUUAUGUUAACCGGAAAAGAUUUUAGAUCUUCUACAGUAUAAUUGUUUUGUUUUUCUAUUAUAAAUAAAAUAAAACAGAUGUGUAACCCUG